AUGAACAGCGACAGCGGGAAAAAUUCUGGUGACGGUGUUACAUUUCUUUCUGAUUUGUUGAGCUGUCAAUCGGUGAAUCCGCUGUCGCUGCGGCUUCACGUUCAGGGCCGUCGCCUUUUUGAUAACAUCCGCCAUCGUCAUGCCCAGGAGCUUCUUUCACGCAUUUUAACUGAUCUGGAUCAGUUAUUGGCCGAACUGGAUGCGUCCCAGUUGGAACGUGUGUCAUCAUUUUUGACAGAUGUACCAUCCGAGGAGUCGGCCUUCCAGGACUUCGUGGGCCGCCUGUUCGGCAACGCUUCCGAAUCUGGCUCCAUAUUGUCCGUACUUCAAUGUCUUCGUGAUGUGACUGGUGGAAGUCCUGCCUUCGCACGUCUGGAGUCGGACUGGACUCUCCUUUCGCAGCUGACAUCAAAUGGAUCGGUAGAGGGAUACGUAAGCGUCGCGGAGUCGGAUCCCGCUUGUUCUAAAGACGUAAUUAAUGACCAUCGUUCGCGCAUUGAUGCUGUGUCGAAGUCGGAGUCCGUGGCAUAUACGGCGUUUCGCCGUUCUGACUUCCGCCAGGUGCGACUGCGCAACUUCGUGAAAAUUCAUCAGGUCGGCCAAGGUGCCUACGGCGAUGUGUGGCUGGCAGAGGACAUUGUGAAUCAAACGCCUGUCGCCCUAAAGAAGCUGAAGUUGAAUGAAGACCGGGAAGGCUUUCCGAAGAGUGCUAUCCGCGAGAUCGUUUUGCUCAACACUUUGAAACAUCGCAAUAUUGUAAACUUAUUAGGAAUCGCACACUCCCAGUCGGAUGUGGACUCCGGUAAGGAUCAUGUGUGGAUGGUAUUUGAGUAUUUGCCAUUUGACCUUAGCGGUUACAUCGAGGCGCUGCGCGACCCAACCGAGAAACGUGAGAAGCUGACCAAACCGUUAAUGUGGCUCUCCAUUGGCGAGAUAAAGUCUAUAAUGCGCCAACUGCUACGAGCUGUUUACUUUUGUCAUCGUAACAAUGUGCUACAUCGCGACCUCAAGACUGCAAACUUGUUAAUGGAUCAUGAUGGCACCAUAAAAUUGGCAGAUUUCGGACUGGCCCGUGUCUGCCCUACUGGCAAGGGCAUUCUUACGAAUCGUGUUGUUACGCUGUGGUAUCGCCCGCCCGAGUUGUUGCUGGGGAGUGAGAACUACGAUUCUGGCGUGGACAUGUGGAGUGUAGGUUGCAUCAUGGCAGAAUUGGUUUGCGGCACUCAUAUUUUUGCCGCUGACAAGGAGCCCGUGAUUUUGAAACUUAUAGCGGAGCGUUUGGGGUUACCCAGUGAUGCUGAUAUCAAGUUUUUGAAGACACUGCCGCUGUGGAACGAACCUCUUGCGAACCCAUUGCACCCAGAUAGACAAAGCGCAGUGGUACCUCGGAAAAAAGAGUUUGAAAAAACAUUUAAGGUAACCAACGAGUUGGGGGACGAAGGGUGGGACUUAUUACGUCAGCUAUUUGCGUGGAACCCAGCAAACCGUAUCUCAGCACGUAAAGCUCUGCAGCACCCAUGGUUCAGUGUGCAACCCCUUCCCUCCGGUCUCGUGAGUCGUGCGAAUGUGAAGGUUGCACACAGUUACAUGACUAAGAAUCAGCGCAAACGCGAGUCGCAAAAGCAGCCUUUGAGGCGUACGGAAUACGUGAAAUAUGCUAACACGGGAGACAUCCGUCGUGCCUUAGAGAAACAACGCGCAAAUGCGCAGGAAAAACAAGGUACCUUUAAGAGGAAACAAUGA